AUGAAGACUACAGUUCUGAUUAGUGUCCUUAUAUUUCUGUGGUUGGAACUUCUGUUGGCUUGGCAGGAAACCGUUAACAGUGGUGAUAGGAUUCAUGAUGCUUUAGUUGCUUACAAAGUCCCUUCCGUGGACCAAAAUAGACAUAAAUAUUUUGAACUAUCAAGUGAACAGUAUGUUUUCGGUGGAUUUGAACCAGAUAAUGAAACUCAAACCGGAAGUGCUUCGACCGAGCUCGUGAGAAGUAAACGUUUCAGUGAUCCGACCUUUCGCGGAAAUCCCAAAACUCGAGAGCAGGUUUGGGCUAAAAAUUUCGCUCACGUCACUGUUAACGAUAAUCAAGCAAAGUCUUUGGUGAAGCUUCUGAUUCGAGUGGUUACCAAGUAUCUGUCCGCUUGUAUUCCAAUUAUUCUGUUCGAUGGAUUUGUGGAACAAACAGAGGGUUACAUUAUGGAGUCGCUGUUUAGUGAAUUUCCUCUGACUUAUACCUGCGGAAAGAUAGGGCCAAAUUACACCUUGGAAAACCCGGAACUGCUGCUAGCGUCAGCUUCCAAAUGUCGUAGCUACAUUCUUUUCCUGUCAGAUGCCAUGAUGACCAGAAAGGUGAUCGGUCCUCAGCUUACGAACUACGUGAUUGUCAUUCCACGUUCCAGUCAGUGGAAAUUGCAGGAUUUCCUGUCCUCGAAACAGUCUCGAGAUAUUCUAAAUCUGUUGGUCAUCGGUGAGUCUUAUUCCUCGGCUAAAAGUGCCAACAGUGAGUCCCCUUAUGUGCUGUACACUCACGAACUGUACAUCGAUGGAUUGGGUUCAAAUAGACCUUCGGUGCUAACAACGUGGAUGAAUGGUAAAUUUUCUCGGCCCAACGUCGAACUAUUUUCGAAGAAAAUUCGAAAAGGAUUCUCCGGUCAUCGUUUUACGGUAACUGCCGCACAUCAACCGCCGUUUGUAUUCAAAAUUCUAUCCACCGAUGGCGUUGGUAACAUUGCCAUCCGUUGGGAAGGUCUGGAGAUACGUGUACUGCGAUCUUUGGGGAAUUAUCUAAAUUUUACCUUCGACAUCAAGGAACCAUCGAGGCCUAAUCUCGGAUCGGGGGAUGCAGUGACGGAUGAAAUUGUACGUCGUCAGGCUGACAUCGGGGCUGCUGGUACCUACGUAACCAUCGAGCGGAAUUUAGAGACCGAGAUGAGCGUAGCACAUUCGAUGGAUUGCGCUGCUUUCGCAACGCUUAUGUCAUCAGCUUUACCAAGAUAUCGAGCCAUUCUGGGACCUUUUCAGUGGCCGGUUUGGUUGGCGCUUACUCUUAUCUAUUUGCUGGCUAUUUUUCCUUUGGCCUUUUCCGAUAAAUUAAGUCUCAAACAUCUCAUAGGAAAUUGGAGUGAAAUUGAAAACAUGUUUUGGUACGUCUUUGGAACAUUCACUAACAGUUUAACCUUCACGGGAGAGAAUUCCUGGAGUAAUACGAAGAAAACGUCGACUAGGCUCCUAAUUGGCGUAUACUGGGUAUUUACGAUCAUCAUAACUUCUUGUUAUACUGGAUCGAUCAUUGCAUUUGUUACGAUGCCGGUACAGCCAGAUACCGUUGACACCGUUGACCAGUUGCGAGAUGGAUUCUUUCGCAUCGGCACGUUGGAUCGGGGCGGCUGGGAACGCUGGUUCUUGAACUCCAGUGAUAAGACUACGGAAAAAUUGUUGAAUAAGCUGGAGUUUGUUUCCAGUAUACGUGAAGGUAUACGCAAUGUUACUGAUGCCUUUUUCAUAUCCUACGCGUUUAUCGGUUCGAAAGCGGAAUUGGAGUAUCUGGUGCAGUCGAACUUUUCUGCUGAGGCCAUCAACCGUCGGUACGCUCUGCACGUGAGCAAAGAGUGCUUUUCCCUGUUCGGUGUGUCGUUCGUUUUCCCGCCCAACUCCGUCUACCGGGACAAGUUCAACAACGCACUUCUGUACAUGCAGGAAGCGGGAAUACUAGCCAAGGUAAGAAAUGACGUCUCUUGGGACAUGCAGAAAACUAAGGACGGUCGUUUUCGACAAGCGUCCGUCGGACAGGUUCUGCGCGUUCCGACGGCCGGAGAGAAAGGACUAACUUUGGCCGAUACGGAAGGUAUGUUUCUGCUGAUGGGCAUCGGCUAUUUAAUCGGUGUUGCGGUCUUGAUUUCCGAAUGGGUCGGUGGUUGUACCAAUAAAUUCCGUGCAAUCAUCAAAGCGAGAAAGGACCGUCGGGGUAGCUCAAGCAGCUCUAUUCCGGAAUCGAGCCCAUCUUCCGCUAAUCCGAACUCACCGAGACGUAGGUUACGACCUCCAGGAAAAGAAUACAAUUUGGUAGAAAAUAUCGAUAGCGCUUCUACCAAUCCGGCUGUUACUCCGCAAAAGAUAGAUGACAAUGCAAGUGUAGACUCUGUCGGUAGCCAACCUACUACUCAUCAUCACAAACGGACCCUAUCGGGCAGCGUGCACGGCCUGAGCAGUAGCACAUUGCAGGAGUUGUACGACGGACCGGAUCGUAGACAUUCGACCAUUGUUUACAUGGACGGAAAAAUGAUGACCGACGAGGAGGCUCGCCAUUACGCAGCUGGCAAUAAAAAACACCACAAGGCACACUCCAGUUUGAGUUCGGUGGUCGAACACGAGGUAACCAGGCUGUUCAAGUAUCUAGACGACCAUGGUAAUAAGUCCAUACAUGAUUCCGGGGAACACUUGGACAAACACUCGAAGCAUAAGACAGUUGAGGUUAUUGUAGAGGUUAAUCCGCCAGCAGAGGAUCAGAGUAAAGAAGUUGAACCGGAGAAGACAACGAACUUGGAGGCACCGUUCGGUGAUACAGUUUUCUACUAG